AUGGAGGAUGCGAGUGGGUACCGGGGGAUACCGGCGUUCGGGGAAUGGAACUACGGCGACGGCGACGACUGGCCCGUGCUCGCCCAGCACUUCGAGUCUGAGAUGCACACCCAGCUCCCCGUACACAAACCCUGCAAGAGAGCGAGCGCAGGUCGCAGGAGGCGCGUCCCUGCGUUCGGCGAGUGGAACAACCACAGCGAUGGCGACGAAGGUGGCUGGACGGCGGCCGUCGUCAACCAGUGCUUCGAGCCUGUCACAGCACAAAAAUCACUCAAGCAGGAAUUCAUUGGUUACGAUAGUGGCGUCGUCGUCAUGGGGAAGCAGCAGCACAAGGUGACGAGGCAAACCUGGGUGGAUGACUCAGGGACCCACAUGGCAAUGGAACCCUUCUCCUUCACGGCGGUCAAAGCUGUUGACGAUGACCUAUAUGAGGUCCCAUCGGACAUGCUCUGCGCCAAGCCACUACGGAAGGGUAGGAUGUGGCUGAGGAGCCUGCUGAUGAGGUGUUGCAGCCUCAACUGCUUAGCCUACUGA